AUGGAGUCUUACACUCUUGUUGAUUAUGCAAAUCCAAUGAUCGAUAGAAUAUCUACUUCAGGUUAUUGUCUUUCUUGUGUGGAAACCUUAUUGUUCAGAGGAAUAAAUAAGAAAAAUGUAAUAGCUCAAUCAAGUGUUGAAGCAGAAUUCAUGGCUAUGCCAAAAUCUCUUUCAGAUAAUCAUCUCUCGGGGACACUCCCUCCGAACCUCUCCCAGUUGCUUAAUCUUGAAGCAAUCAUCCUUCAAAACAACAAAUUAACAGGUCCAAUCCCUCCUUCAUACGGUUACAUCAAAAACAUAUCCACUUUAUUUCUCUCUCGUAACAAGCUUUCUGGGAAACUGCCAAUCUCAUUGGCCAGGUUGAACUCAUUGGAUGUUGAUUUGUCUCAUAACAGGUUUGAAGGUGAUGCCUCCAUGUUUUUUGCUUUAACUAAACAGACAGAAACGAUAGAUCUUUCGUGGAACAUGUUUUCGUUUGACAUGGGAAAGCUAGAGUUGCCUGAGAGCUUAAGACUUUUAGGUAUGAGUCACAAUCGGGUUUAUGGGAAACUCCCAGACAGUGUGAAGAACUUGCAGUGGUUGAAUGUGAGUUACAAUAGGCUGUGUGGCGAGAUUCCAAAGGUUGGUUAUUUCUCGACUUUUGAUGUGUCUGCGUUUGUUCAUAACAAGUGCUUGUGUGGUUCUCCUCUUCCAAGCUGCAAGUGAAUAUAGUUUCAUGUAAUUCAUAAUCAACGGAAAGAAGGAUAUGGAUGGUUUUGCAAAGUUGUGGACAACCAAAAUAAAUUGCAUUCAUGUAUACUAUGGUAAAAGUUUAAUUCAGUUAUGCAAUACACCAGAAAUAAAAUAUGAGCAUUGCUAUGUUUA